AUGGCCAUGAAAAUGUUGAUCAACAACGAAACGUCAGUCUCAUCCCUCCAUGAUAUUAACAAUAUGAUUCUCGGUAGUUACGAUCAGCAAGAACCAGAAUUUGAAAACACAACAAAUCGUGAUGUAAUUGGUGCCGUCGGAACAACAGCUCGUUUGCAUUGUCGUGUCCGAAAUUUGGGAGAUCGUGCUGUAUCAUGGAUACGAAAACGUGACUUACACAUACUGACAAUAGGCAUCAUGACAUAUACAAAUGAUCAACGAUUUCUGGCGCGACACAUAGACAACUCCGACGAAUGGGUGUUGAAAAUUGUCUCAGUGCAACCGCGUGAUGCGGGCAUCUAUGAGUGUCAAGUAUCGACAGAACCCAAAAUUAGUCAAGCCUAUAAAUUAACAGUUGUCA